AUUAAUUUUAAAAAUCGCAAUAUUUUUAAAUACAUACUAACUUUCUAUAACUAACCGCUUCUUUUCUUCUGGGUUUACUGGACUAUUAUUGUUAUUUGUUUUGUCACGAAUUUCUCAGAUGAUUUUGAAUGGUUCUAGGAACUGUUUUUAGAAUUGCGCAUUUUGUUUGCGAGAUGAUCUGAAAGAAAAAUAGGUUUAAAGUGGAUUAGUCUGUGCUGUUCAAUUGUAUGGAAAUAACGAACGAUAAAUAAUAUUCACUGCCGUGGAGCACUAGCGAUAUGGCUGAAAUAGAACUCAACUGGCUCACUAGCGCCUUAAUCAGAUUUUCGAGAUGCCUCCAUGAUAAACUGAAGAAUAGAGAUGGAGAUGAUUUAUUUUCAUUCGUCAGCGUACACGCAUUUCUGACUCUGCUCUCCCAGGAUCCGUGGUUUUACAGCAAAAUAGACAUUUAUAGAGCCUUGUCUGUUUACGGUAACAUUGCAUCUAUCCAUUACAAAAAUAUAUUCGACGUUCUCGGUAGUAUUACGGAUCUUGUAGUUGCUAAUGUGUCUUUCUUGAAGCCAUGCCAGGUUGUAGAAGCUUUCAGAAACCGUCUCGUCGAUAACUUUGCAAGUGACGUAAACUUUUUGGACUUUACUAAUCCAGAAAAUGCUACUGCAGCAAUAAACGCCUGGUUUCGUGAUAGGACUGUCCAGAGAAUUACACCACUUAAUGGUUUAGGAGACGAUGUGAAAUUUACGUCUUUAAACGCCAUGCGCUUUAAAAGUAACUGGUCAGAACCGUUUUGCGCAAAGGAAACGGCGCCCGCAACUUUUUACUUGAACGAGCAAGACACAGUGCAAGUCCCAAUGAUGAGGAAAAAAGGAGAAUUUUAUUUCGAAUAUGAUUCAUAUAUACCAGCCAAAAUUUUAAAACUGCCUUUCGCCGACAACGAUGUAAGCCUUUUAGUUAUUUUACCAGAAAAGAAUAUACAUAUUACUGAUUUUAUUCAACGUUUUUAUAUGCCCGGAAAUUUGGAUAGACUUACAAUGAAUCUGACUAAACGUAUGGUUAACGUCUCUCUUCCAAAAUUUAAAAUGGAGGAGGAAAUGGAACUGGAUCAGUAUUUAAUAGAGUUGGGGUUAGAAGAUAUAUUCAACGCCUAUCUCAGCGGUGUGAUCGAAGAUGAGGACCUUAUGUGUAAUGGAGUUCAGCAAAAAGUGUAUUUAGAGUUAAACGAAGAAGGAUUGGAAGCAGCGUCAGGAACCGUGUCAGCUUUAACCAAAGCCCACUUCGAAGAGUUGUCCCCCAAAGAUGGGUUAAAAAUCCAGGAAGCAAGUAUAUCUACCGAAGUCACCAACCGUUUUGCCAAGACAAAAGUGGUGUGGAGAGUAAAUAAUACCAACAAGAUGGCGGCAGAUGCUAAUUUCAAAGUGGUCCUAACAGACUUGGCUUUCAUUACAGAAUUCGUAAUGGACAUCAACGGCAAAAGUUACAAGUCUUAUAUAAAAGAAAAGAAGGAGGCUUGGAGUAUCUUUAAGAAGGCGAUGGCCCUUGGGCAAAGUGCGGGUCUUGUCGAGGCAACAACCCGAGACUCCAAAGAAUUUACAGUGUCUGUAAAUCUAGAGCCUAACUCGGUGGCCAUAUUUACUUUAACCUACGAAGAGGUGCUUCAGCGAGUCCACGACCAAUACGAACUAGUGCUGAAUAUUUGCCCAGGGCAGAUCGUAGAAGACUUGAGUAUCGAGGUUCGCAUUAAGGAGAGUCGACCUCUCAAAUUUGUAAAAACGCCACCUCUGAGAUCAGGGAACGACAUGUCUACGUCGGAGUUCGUCCAAAUUCUUGAUCCUCUAUCUGAUAUUAAAAUAAUAAAUUCAAAAACUGCCGCCGUCAAGUUCCACCCUAGCACCACAAGGCAAAGAAAAAUGACUCACUUUUUGGGGAAUAAAACAAACGAUGGCUUGUCAGGCCAGUUCGUUGUACAGUACGACGUAGAAAGGGAACCCCUCAACGGAGAAAUUCUGCUACAGGAUGGGUAUUUCGUUCAUUUCUUCGCCCCGAAUGACUUAAAUCCGUUACCGAAGCAUGUUGUUUUUGUGUUGGACACCAGCGGGAGUAUGGGGGGAAGGAAAAUUGAACAGUUGAAAGACGCUAUGAUGAAUAUCUUGAGCGAUUUACAGAAAGAAGACAUGCUGAGUAUUAUCGAAUUUAACGAUAAUAUUAACGUGUGGGAUGUUGACUCGAAAAAAUCAGCCACUGUGUCUCAGGAUGAAAUAAAGAAUUUCAAGAAUCCUUUUGUUUCUUUAAAGCGGUGUAUACUGGCGGAUCCACACCUCGCUAGCGAUGACAUUAUAAAAAACGCAAAAGAAAUCGUUCAGAACAUUAAGAUUAAUGGAUUUACCUUCAUGAUUGGUGGCUUAGAAACGGCUUUGUAUUUAGUAAAAAUGGGACAACAGAAAGACAAGGUUAAGGAUCGCAAACUUCAGCCCAUUAUAGUAUUUCUAACCGAUGGACAACCGAACGUCGGUAUUGAAUCGACAAACCAAAUCAUUGAACUAGUGACUCACCUGAACGCGAAAGACAAGGUGCCUAUUUUUUCUCUGUCUUUUGGAGAUGGCACAGAUGAAGACUUCCUGAGAAAGUUAUCUUUAAAAAAUUUGGGAUUUUCAAGGCACAUAUAUGAAGCCAACGAUGCCUCUUUGCAGCUGCAGGAUUUUUACAAGCAGAUUUCUUCCCCGCUUUUGUACGACAUCAACUUCAAAUAUGACUCGGAAGUGGCGGAAGUCACGAAAACUCAAUUCCCCAUUUACUUCAGGGGCUCCGAGUUGGUAGUUGCCGGAAGAUACGUGGAAGAAACAUUUCUGAUUACCAUCAGUUGUUGGGGCACAUGUGGUCCAAUAACAAUAGGAUCGGCCAAGGAAAGACCCAUAACUUCCUUAGAAAGGCUUUGGGCCUACCUCACCGUGAAACAGUUGUUGGAGGAGAGGGAUACAUCAGCAAGUCCUAAAAAGUUAACCAAGAGAGCCCUAAAAUUGGGCCUUAAAUAUUCUUUUGUGACAGACGUAACGUCCCUGGUGGUAGUAAAACCAACUGAAGAAACUUCUAUGAACAGUCGGCCUGAACCUAAAGCAAAAAGAUCCCGGACAAGUUUUAUGUCCAUGCCCAUAGCGUGUAAGAUGUCAGCUCAAUGUCGAUUGGAAAUGAGAGGCAGACAUUUGUGUUGCGGGAAAUUAUCGACAAUCGUUCGUGCAUAUGGAGAUAUAGAACUUGAUGCCGAAAAGAAACCUACAGAAGAGUUUACAGCAGAUCGCCCUUUCUUGAUCUUCUUGCAAGUAGAGAAAGAUGGCGCCGUUAUUCCACUAUUCCAGGGCUGCGUUUACAAACCCAGUUACUAAUUACUGUCAUGUAUUUUACAGCAAGUAAGCUUAUACGAAUUACAUAAGUGUGAUAUUUACAGACUCAUUUCUAAACAUGCAUAUGCAUGGUGUUCGUAAAAACAAGAAUUUUCUCAAAUUUGUUUUGUAAUAUUUCUGUUGAAAAUGUUGAAAAACAUGCGACAACCAACAACUAACAAACAUUUUUGAGAAAAUUAUGUAAAAAAAUAUGUUGAACAUAAACCAGAAGGAAGAAGGAUCUUCCUUCUGAUUUAGUUCUAUGAAAAUUCUCCAUCAUUUUACAGCUUUAUGCAUACGUACAAGCUUAUCUCUCUCACGUACAUGCUUUUUGAGGAGUAUAUUAGCAUUAAUGUAACCCUUUUCUUAAUGUUUUUUUUUACUGUUUUAUAAGUAGUAGAUUAAUUUAUACGCAACAAGUGUUUCUGUGAUUGUUUAAUGUGAAUUCGUGCUAUUGGAUCUUUAUUAAAACAAAAAGUUCCAUCCAUAUAUAAAUUAUUCAUAACCUUUUCCAAAUAACAAUAGUAUGAUCUGCCCAAAGAUGAAUCUGCACAAUGGAAGGUCGUUCAACUCUCAUUUUUAGGUGGACUAUAGCAUACACAAAUUCAAAGUUACGAUUAGUUGAUAGAAUGAGA